AUGCCACUUAUGGCCACUACAUUAUCAAAAUUGCUACUUAUUGAUACACUUAAGCAGCUUUUGAAGAAAUUACUGACUAUAGAAAUUUGUUGUAAUGCUUCAUCAAGUUACAUCAAUAAAAGAUUUGAUUUCACAUUACAAAGUUAUAAAUUUUCCAACAUUUCUGUUGUUUCAAUCUCCUUAAAUAUUUAUACGAGAAAGUUGCAAUCAGAAGUUGUCAAGGGAGAACCAUUUAAGGACCAACUUUAUGGCAUUCAAUAUGGAGAAUUUGUAUAA